GCGGUUCGAUCGGCGUUCGAGGGGUUAAAGGGAGGUUAAGGGGGGUGGUGGUCCGCAAGGGCCACGGCCAUGGGGGAGGCAGCAUGUUCUCCGAGCUGUGCAGGGAGACUUUGCGGAAGGCAGCUGUGUGCUACAGUUCUGGUCGUGCAGGAAGUCCAUCACCAUCGCCACCAACGUCUCCGCCGCCAUCUCCCGCCAAAGAAGCAAAGGCUACUGCCAACGUUGACCUGGCAAAUGUCCGUGACGCCUGCCACGAGGCCAGAGAUCCAGGGACCAGCGGAAAGAGAACGGUGCCGCAUCAGCAGCAACCGACGUCGUCAGGAACGGAAUUCCGCGACUUCACCGCCGCGGGAAGGAGAUCGGCCACCGCCUCAACCGACUCCAGGGAGUACGUUUACGCCGCGGAAACGCUUCCCUCUCUGGAAGCGUUCAACGGUGGCCGGCGACUUCGGGAAAAGAUUGGGCUGGGCCGAGGCGAGGGACGGGAAGCGAGGCUCGUUUCCGGCAGACACGAGGGACGGACGAUCGGUGUCCCCCGAAAAGGGACGACAGUGCGAAGACAACAGGGGGUCAAGCGGAGGAUACGAGUAUGGCCGACCAGACUCGAGACUCGGUAGACAGUCCCCUGGGUCCCCGGGAUCGUCGCCCGAACCAGAGGACAACUCCUCAACUUCUGGCGACGAAGGUAUUGUUGUUCUUGUCUCGCUCGUCUUUCUUCUUCU